AAGACCUGCGCUCAGGUCCACCUGAGCGUUCUGUGAACUGCACAGUGAACGAUCUUUAAUUUCACAGUCUGAAACAUGAAGAAAAUGAUAUUUUACAGCAUUGAGUGUUGGACUUUGUGGCUCUCUGUGUGGCAAGUUUUAUGCAUAAGUGGCGAAAGUAAAUGCAAAAACAAAAUUUUAAGCAGCAUCAGCGUAACCACUGAGCUGCAGUCUGAUGUUCUGCUGCCGUGUAACUUUGAAGCGACCCUACUCGGAUCAAACAAGACUGCAGAUAUAGCAGCAGUGUGGAGUCAGAGGAAUAUAACAGCAGAUAAUCUAGUGGAGAUCAGUCUGCAGGGUGAAGUACAGUUCUGGAAUAACAGAGGUGGACGUAUUAAACCGUUCCCCAAACUCUCAGAAUCUGGAAACUUCUCCAUCCUCCUCCGUAAUGUACAGCAGUCUGAUCUGGGUCUCUACCGCUGUGAGCUGCAUGAGGGAAUCAACUGCAUGAUCGCUUAUCAGGAAAUUGUCUUGCACACAGUACAAGAGUCACAUGACAACAGCGCUUGGCCGCAGAACUGGCCCUUCAUAGCAGGAGGAGGAGGAGCUGUCAUUCUCAUUCUGCUUGUGGUUUCUCUGUAUUGCACACAGCGGACAUGCAAAAACAGAUCAAAUGAGUCAAUAUAUGCAAACACCGGGUAUAAACAGAGGAAAGCCAUAGAGCUCAAUGAAGGCCAAAGCAGCAGAAAGCCACCUGCAUCUAAAACCAAGGCUAAUGUGAAGAAUCCUGAGAAUCGCAGUAACCUCUAUGCCAACCGUUGUAUGGGAGCUGGUGAUAUUUACGUUAAUGAACUGUGCUGA